AUGUCGAGUACUUCGCAAAAGCAUAAGAACUUCGUAGCCGAGCCGAUGGGAGAAAAACCAGUCACAGAUUUAGCUGGUGUCGGUGAAACUUUGGCAAGGCGGUUAGAAGCUGCCGGCUUUGAUAAGGCGUACGUGGUGCUAGGACAGUACUUGGUGCUGAAGAAAGAUAAAGAGCUGUUCCAAGAAUGGAUGAAGGACGUCUGCUCAGCUAAUUCCAAACAGUCCAACGAUUGUUACCAGUGCCUUAACGACUGGUGUGAUGAAUUUUUGUAA